CCUUCCUCCGCCGGCCACUGUACCGCUGGACCAAUUGCAGCAGAUCCAAAAGCGACUGCAAGCCCUCGUCCUCUCCACUGGACAGCUGCAGAUGGAGGUCGCCAUGGCGCCGACCCUCGACUGGCCAACGAUCCUAAGCCGCUUCGGCACGCUCGUCUCUCAAACCUACUCCCUCUCCUCCUCUCUCACCUCCACCUCUUCCGCCUUUCUCCCCGCGCAGCUAGACGAGCUACAACGCACCCUCGAGGAUCAAGCAAAGCAGGACAACUACUUUCUCCACGAAGACGGAGACGGAGAUGGUGGGGAGGCGGGAGCGGGAGGGGGUGGGGAAGAAGGGGAGACGGAAGCGGAAGGAUCUGUACCCCGAGUGCGAUAUACGGAUCCGCGUAACCCACUCCCACACUUGGUCGCUGUACCUGUGGUUCCUCUGGAGGCAUCAGCGGACAAGACCGGUCGACUGGGAGAGGCACUGCGUACGAAGCUCGACCCGUAUGUUGCGCAAUCGCACAGUGAAGCGGUGGAGCAUGACGAACUAGCGAGGGCGGUACCGGAAGCAAUGCAAGGGGGUGCGAGUGGACAGCAAGAAGAGGAAGCGGGGGACGCUCGACUUCGACAGAUUCUACAGACUCUACAGGACCACGACCACUUUGCCCGACGAGCUCUCCGCGCCUGGCAUCACGUUCGUUGGCGACCGGAUGAGGAUGGUCAGACGUACGACUUUAAGAUGCGGCUGGGAGAUGAGGAUGCUGGUGAGGUGGACGCAGACGUUGAGGAUGAGGUGGGUGGGGAGGGUCAGGAGUCGGGCGGCCUGAACGGUCAGCUGGGUGGGGUAGGUGGGGAUGGUACAGCAGGACAAGAAGAGGUUGGUGGAGACGAACAAGCAGAGGAAGAGCAGGAGGAGUUCGAGGAAGAAGAGGAGGACGACGACGAGGAGAUGGAAGACAUUGAUGUAUCGUAGUAGCAGUGUAGCAGAAGUGGGCGCAGAUCACAAGACACAAUGUUGGUCCUUUGCAAUUUCAACUAUGACUGUGCAAAGGUACGGUCUCUGGACACC